UAAACCAUAACAAUUGUUGAUAAUCAACUGGAGUUCUUUUUUUGCUUUGGAGUGAAAUUAUUUAAAGCCAAGACCUUUCCCUCCGGGGGGGUCUCGGAUCCCAUCGGAACAAACAUAAGACACAGAUUUGCAUGAAGGGUUAAUGGAAAAUCCAAGGGAUAUGGCUGAGCACACUCCCCGCUCAGACCGUAAGAGGAGAGAUUCGUUCGGUAUGUUUGACGGGUAUGACAGCUGCAGUGAAGACAGCAGUAGUAGUUCCAGCUCAGAGGACAGUGAGGAUGAGGUCGCCAGCAUCCCCGCCAGUCUGCCCAUUAUCAAAAACAAUGGCCAGGUGUACACCUAUCCUGAUGGAAAAGCAGGAAUGGCAACCUGUGAGAUGUGUGGUAUGGUUGGUGUACGAGAUGCUUUCUACUCUAAAACAAAGAGAUUCUGUAGUGUGUCCUGCUCCAGAAGCUAUUCCUCCAAUUCUAAAAAGGCCAGUAUAUUGGCAAGACUUCAGGGUAAACCACCAACGAAAAAGGCAAAGGUCUUACAGAAACAGCCAUUAAUGGCAAAGUUGGCAGCUUAUGCUCAGUAUCAAGCAAAUCAACAGAACCAAGCUAAAUCAAAAUCAGUUGUUCCUGUUGAAGGCUUUGACUGGGGCCAGUACAUCUGUAGCAAUAAUCUGAUUGGGGCACCAGUCAGCUGUUUUAAACAUGUGCCCAUGGGUAUGUGCUGGGGUGACAUGACUGAGGGGGUGAGGGUGGAGGUCCUCAAUUCUGACACAAACCUCUCCACAAAAGUUUACUGGGUAGCAGGAAUUGUCAAACUGGCAGGUUUUAAAGGUCUUCUGCGCUAUGAGGGUUUUGAUAAUGACUCGAGCAGAGACUUCUGGUGUAAUCUGUGCAUCCCAGAAAUCCAUCCUGUUGGAUGGUGUGCCUCCAGUGGAAAACCACUGGUGCCUCCUAAAUCCAUCCAGCAUAAGUAUUCUAACUGGAAAGCAUUUAUUGUGAAACGACUCACUGGAGCCAAAACUCUUCCACCGGAUUUUGCCACAAGGGUGCAGGAGAGCAUGCAGUACCCGUUUAAGAAACUGAUGCGUGUAGAAGUGGUGGAUAAGACUCACCUGUGCCGGACUCGUGUGGCCCUGGUAGAACAGGUGAUCGGCGGACGUCUACACCUGGUCUAUGAGGAGAGCCAGGAUGGUACUGAUGACUUCUGGUGUCACAUGUUCAGCCCUCUCAUCCACUCCAUUGGCUGGUCACGAAGCAUCGGACAUCGUUUCAAAAGAUCUGAUCUGAUGAAGAAAAUAGAUGGUCAGAUGGAUGCUCCCUCACAGUUGUUUGUUAAGGUUAAAGAUGUGGACCAAACUGGGGAAUGGUUUAAAGACGGAAUGAAGUUAGAGGCAAUAGACCCUCUCAAUCUCUCUGCUAUAUGUGUUGCUACUGUAAGAAAGGUAUUGGCAGACGGGUAUCUCAUGAUCGGGAUUGAUGGUUCUGAGGCUGCUGAUGGGUCAGACUGGUUCUGCUACCACUCCACCUCUCCUUCCAUCUUCCCUGUCGGCUUCUGUGAAAUCAACAACAUUGAGCUCACACCCCCCAGAGGGUACACCAAACUCCCUUUCAAAUGGUUUGACUACCUCAGAGAAACGGGCUCAAUUGCAGCCCCUGUGAAGCUCUUUAACAAAGACGUGCCGAAUCACGGCUUCCGUAAAGGGAUGAAGAUAGAGGCAGUGGACCUGAUGGAGCCUCGACUGGUGUGUGUCGCCACGGUGACCAGGAUCGUCCACAGACUCCUGCGUAUUCACUUUGAUGGCUGGGAGGAUGAGUACGAUCAGUGGGUGGACUGUGAGUCUCCAGAUCUCUACCCAGUAGGAUGGUGUCAGCUGACUGGCUAUCAGCUGCAGCCACCCGCUGCACAGACAACAAGAGAAGCACCACCAAAUGUCUCUAAACAGAAAAAGAAGACUGCACAGUAUAAAGGACAAAAGAAAAAGAGGAAGAUUCCAGUUGGGAGGAGGCCGAUCGGUAUGGGUGGGCCUCUGAGGAGGAGGAGCUUCUCGGGUGAUGAAGAGCAGACUUCACCCCAUUACCUGUCCCACUUCUCUGGGUCCAGGCGACCUCCCACCUCAGGUGCAGAGCAUGAUCGCGCUCUCAACUCAGAGGCCUCACUGCAGUUAAAGGAGGAGUCUCCAGAGAUCGACGAGUUCACCUUCUCGCAGGGCAUCUCAGACCAGGAGAGCAAUGGCUCAGGCAAUUACUAUAUCCGACAGGAGCCAUGAGCAUCAUCAGCCAUCGCAGAGGCUCACCUCACUGCCAACAGCACUGGAAAAAAAAACAUUCUGAGCAAUGCACACGAGGCCUGGGAGAACACGGUGACUUCCCCUCCACACCAGGUCUCUCUCUUUUGUUUCCUUUUCAGGUUAAAAAAAGCAGAAGACUUUUCAGACCGAGAUGCGUGUGUUAAAGGGGAUUUUCUAUGGAAUGACGAUACUGUUGUUUGUCCUCACUUUAUGCCCAAUGGACUUUUUCCUCCUCAGUGUUCAUUGUACUUGAAGUUUUCUUCGCUUUUUUUUUCUUCUUCUUCUUUAUUUCCCCUUUUGGUGAAAUACAUUUUCCUUUUUUGUAAGAUUUCAGUACCGUGUGUGUUUCUUGCGCUGUUUUGGAUGGGUGUGCAUUUGAUAAGAGUAGUAAAACAAAUCUAUAUUGAGACAGUAUAUUCAUAUAUGUAUGACAUUCAUAUUAAACACACACGUAUAGAAAUAUUUAAACAUUAUAAAUAUAGUAGUGGAAUGAGGGAUGAUGGUAUUGAAAUCUAACCUUACUGGUAUGAAGAGUAGACUAAUGGAAAACACUCACAAUUUGCACUACAGGGAUAAAAAAAUAAAAAAAGUAUGUAUUGGCUGGUAAAAUUAUCUUAACUUGUAGCUUUGUUGUAUUAUUCGAUUAGCAAACAUUUUAUAGAAAUGGGAUGUGCUCAAGUCAAGUUAAAGAUUAUGAUAUGCACAAAAAAGAAAGACGCCAAUGUUUGUUUAUCUCAUACUCAAGAGCCAUUUUUAUAUGGGACGAUUUAAGUAUUUCCUGAGCCACAGAAUAAAACAUAAGCAAUCAUUGCUAACUGAACACUACCUUUCUGUCAUCUUUGAUGUGACAGCGCAGCUGAGAAUUCUUCUAGUAGUAUAAUGUAAAACUUGAGUCUAUGAACAAAACAGCAGCAGUUUGUUUGUUUGUUUGCUUGUUUACCAGCGUCUCUGCAGUGACCGUCGAGGUCGAGAGGAAUUCUGCAUCCCAUGUAUUUCACUUAAAUCACAGCAUUCAUUCCGGAAUAAAAACAAAACAUUUUACUACCUCUAUACGCAAGACAUUAUUAAAUACACACAUGUUGAGGAUUAAUGUGUAAUUAAGUUGUUAAAUUGGUUCGGGGCCUCACAAAGUUUGCAAUAGGUAGUUUUCAUGCUCCAUUUGAAAGGAUAUAUUCAUUAUAUUUUAUGCAAAAGACAAAUAUCCACACUUGGACACAUGGUUUAUUUCACUUCAGAAGUCUACACAUCAUUUAUAUUUGUAUCAUAGCAUGUUAUUGGCAGAGUCCUUGAAAUGAAGAAGAAGAAUGUUAUGCAAUAAAAUAUCUAUGUGGAUUUAUGAUGUCUUACUUUAGAAAAACUCCCUCAUAAACUCAUAAAAAUAUAUAUAUAGGCUAGAUACAUUCUAUGGACUUAAAUCAGAUAUUCAUACAAUAUAUUGCGAAACUGUGACAAAUUUCUAAGAGCUAGACUUGAGCUUUCCCUGUUACAGAACAUUUUGAGUGUAUAUAACCUUUAUAACAUCAUAUAGAAUGCAACUGAUAUUACAUUUACAUAGUGGUUUAUCUUCGUAGAAUUAUAAGCUCUAUUCAAUACCAGUAAGGUUGUUGGUGAACUCUCAGGAAACAUAUUUCAUUGACUUCUGCUUUAUUUGAAGGUUCGCAGCUAACAGCUUCUAAGAUCAUUUGAUUAGAUUUAUGAUGCUACACUUUUUGUUUGUUUCCAAGAUUCAAAGCUCCUGACAAAUGUGACCAUGUUUUUUUCUCCUCUGCUUUCCAUCAGCUAUCUUAAUGCUGACUAAACUUUUGUAAAUGGUCACCCCAAUGUUAGAGUUAGGUCCAUUUUAAAUUAUGGUUCUUUUUUAUUUUUUGUAAAUUGCUUUUGAUUUUUUUAUAGGGGUUUAACAAAUGUUUGUACUCAAUCAGAUUAAAUUAGGGGUUUUUUAAGUUGAUUUUUUUCACGUGUAGUUCGUUUUCAAAAUGUAAGACACUGUCAUGUAUUUAAUUUGUACAUUUCAAACUGGGACUUUGUUGUAGCUACAUUUACAUCAUCUGCAGCAUCGAUAUACAUCAAUUCUGUUAUGUUGGUACAUUUGGUUUCUGUUCUUUUUAUGUAGGAAUGUUACAUUUAUUUCCAAUGUCAUUUCCCUCAUAAUCGCCAAGCAUAGCAUCAGGAUUUAGGUACACACUGGUUCUACUCAUGCAUAUCCGCCAUAUUUGCGUUUCCUUUUUAUAAGACCAAAAUCACUUAAUAAUUUACGAUUAUUAAAAUAUGACUGUUGAGGCAAAUUUAGCUGCUACCCUCAAAUUAAUGAACACUUAACACACAACCUCACCUUAAAGCAAACUCUCUAGUCAGCAAAAUUGAUGCCUUAUCCUCUUAUGUUUUGUCUACAUAAAAGAAAUUGAUUUAAAAAUAGAGAAGCAGAAUACAAAAUAUUAAAAAUAAACCUAUGUUGUCCAGUAGAGUGAUGAUUUUCAAUGCAUGCAGCAAAUGUGAGAAUCUUAUGAGGACCAGUGUCAUUCUGGUCUUGAUACUAACACGGGUUUUUGUGACGUUCCCCCUGUCCUCAGUAAUCACAUCAUGGUGCUAUAUAUAUAUAUUUGAUAACUCAUUCAUUAGGUCUAUUAAAGCAGAAUUAAGCCUGUAAUCAUUAGUUGGAGAGUUGGUGAUUACUACUUCAAAUCUGUAUUUUGGAUACAAGUAGCCGAAUCAUUUGUUAUAAUAAUAAAAGAAAAAACUAAAAAAGAACUAACUUUGACCCUCAUAGGAAUAACGGUGAGGGUUUGUAACUUUUUUGAUAGGGUCUGUAUUUGGUCUUGCUUUAUUUCUAAUGAUGAUGAUGAUGAUGUGUGCUGUGAUUAUAUAGGGUUUGAUAGCUUAUAUGUAUAUAGUUCAACUGUAGGGGGAAAACUUUUGUUGUUUGAAUUUUGUUAAUUUGUUUACAAGCAUUUCAAACUGUUUCCGCAUGGCUGUGAAAAUGUAUUUGUUGAAUUUGAAAACAAAAAUCUUUUUACACUGAAUUAAAAGGGAUACUAACAGUUUAUCUGUUGAA